AUGACCGACUGGGCUGCCAAGGUCAAGACGAUCGGCCUCACCCAGGUCUUCUGCACGAAGGAAAAGCCGCUGGUCGAUAUCGUCUUUGUGCAUGGACUCAACGGUCAUCCGUACAAUACCUGGUCUACAAAGGACCCCCCCGUUUUCUGGCCGGCAGAUCUACUGCCCAGCCUGCUCGAACCCUGCAAGGUCCGGAUUCUCACAUACGGCUAUAACGCCAAUGUCACUGCCUUUACCGACGGAGCAUCCAAAGACCACAUCCAUCAGCAUGCCGAAACCCUGGCCUCAACCCUAGCUGCUAAUCGCAACCUUCGCCACUGUCCGGAUCGGCCCAUCAUCUUUGUUUGCCAUUCACUGGGCGGUCUCGUCGUCAAACGGGCCCUGAUCUACUGCAGAAGCGUUUCGAAUGAAAAGAUCGAGCACCUUCGGUCGAUCUUUGUCUCAACGUACGGUAUUCUUUUCCUGGGGACCCCACACAACGGCUCAGACAUCGCGAAAUGGGGCGUGCUACUGCAAAACAUCUGCAGCGCCGUGCUGCCAAAGAAGUUCAUGGAGUCUUCCCCGCAGCUCAUCAAAGCACUGAGAACCAACAAUGAAACUCUCCAAAACAUCAACAGUCUCUUUGCCGACAUCAUGGGCCGUUUCCAUCUCUAUUUCUUCCACGAGACUCGAUCCACCGACGUCAAGGGCACACGCGAACUAAUCGUGGACGAAAGCUCUGCCGCUCCUUACUUUGAAGGCGUCGAGCGAAUGGGCAUCGAGGCGGACCACAGCCAUAUGUGCAAGUUUGCAGACGAGGACGCCCCUGGCUUUGAGGCUGUAGCCGAAGCUUUACUUCGAUAUUCGCGCGAUGCGCCCUUGACCAUCUUUGAUAGAUGGGUUGAGGAAGAAAAGACCCGCUUGGUCAUCCGGCAGACCAAAGCAAAAGAAAUCUUCAACAACGAAAACAUCAGCCCGGCAUCCAGCAUGCAGAACGUUCAGACGUCUGGUAGGAAUCAACCCCUCCUUCUUUCACCUCGGUCAUCUGAAAAUCCCGCAAAUCGACCUGCCUUGAAAGGAGGGGGUGGUGAAUCCCCCAACCCCGGCCCAUCCAAUAGUACAACACAGCUUGCCUUGUCACGAUCAUCGCUGAGAGAGCCGCUGUUUGUGGUGCCAGCAGGCUUCCAUCCAAAUGCCACUUUUGUUGGCAUGACCAGAGAGCUGGAUAUCUUGCACGCUCGGCUAUACAGAGCUAAGAAGCGGGCUGAGCGCCUUGCAGCCGUCUUGAUAUGCGGGGGCCCGGGAGCCGGAAAGUCUCAUCUGGCAAGACAAUACGUGUGGACCCAGCGCGACUGCUACCCCGGCGGCAUAUUCUGGGUAGAUGCGAAAUCGCGCGAGUCAACUAGCAAGUGCUUCUGGGACAUCGCGCAGGCUGCGAGUUUAACGGACGAGCUCGAAUUCGAGAGCCCAGAUUUCAAAGCGCCGCAAAAAUACGUAGAGAUGGUUCGCAACUGGUUCCAAGCUCGAGAGGAGUGGCUUCUCGUCUUUGAUGGUCUCAGCUUCAAUCAGGAAGAUGACCUGAACCAUUUCAGGCAGUUUUUACCUUUUAACAGACAAUGCAGCAUUAUGUACACCUCGGUGGAUCGAACACUGCGAAAGAAACAGCGCUUGUACGAGCCUUAUUGCCUUCAAGUGCCCCCUCUGUCGGUCGAGGAUGCGUGCAAGCUCUUGUUCAAGGAUUUGGGAAUCAAGAGACCCACCAAAGAGCAGGUCCGCAAGGCAACUGAACUGGUCAUGCACUAUGAGUGUUUACCACUGGCCAUCCAUGCGAUCAGUCACCGCCUCAGUGCGACGUCCAAGCCAAUUGAAAGGUAUCAUAUUAACUCUCACCUGACCGACGAAAAGCUUGCGGAGCCCUUCCUCAGUAUUAUGCACGACCUCUACCGGAUGGGGCAUUUUGAGGCGCUGAACCUGAUCAAUCUCCUCUCUUUCCUUGGACACCAUGUGCCGCUGGGGCUCAUCAACUUGGGCAAAUCAGUUCUGGAGACCUGGAACGUCGAUAUCCUCACAAGCAGUAGGCCCGGGGAGCGGGGAGAUAUCGACACCACUUUAGGGAUCUUAAUUCGGUACGGUCUCAUUGAGAGGACCUCCGAUGCUUAUGUUCUAAAAGAUCUUUCCCCGCAAUCCGAGAAGGAACUGAUAUUCGACCUUAGAGCCGUGGUGCCCGAACUAUCCGAGUCGCAAACGGAGAGCAGUAGCCAGGAAGCCAGCUUCUCCAUCUACCAAAAAGCGGGUUCGAUCGAUGUCAUCAAGAUCCAUAGCGUGGUUCAGGGAUUCUGCCGCGACGAAUUGAAAAUCAUGGAUGAAGAGCAAAGGAAGCAGUCAUCGAGGCUAGAGGCUCGACGAGGGUCCGCGGCUGGAUCAGUCCCUGAGUCAGGGACAGGCUCUGGAGUCGUCAAAGCCGAGGCCGGCUUCUACGAAUCAUGGCUCGUCGUGGCCAUCCGCCUUCUCUGCAAGUCGUACGAGAACGCGAAAAAGCGCAUGGAACUGGUCGAUGAUUAUGGCCUGGUUAAGGAUUAUCGGGAAUAUGAAACUCACGCAUCCCGGUUGAUCGAGAACUUCCCGAAACGGGCCUCGAAAGAGAAAAUUGUCCAAGAGGCGCGUAACGAAUUAAAACAGCUGAUGAGGAGCAUCUCCAGCGAAAUUGAACGCCUGUCGCCGCAUUCUUCGCAAGACUCCAUUCGCAAACACCGGUCCGUGUUUGAUAGGUCAAGCAGCUCUUCAUCGUCCGUGCCGGAUUCUGACGAGAGCCCGUCGAGGCAACUAACAUGGGAUCUCGGCGACGAAUCGGCGAAAGUUGAGUCACCGAAGGAGCUACCCGCUACGGCGCACGGGUUCAACCUGAGCCCCUUUCUCCCUCAUAUUUUUCGCGAAUCGAGUAGCGAACAGGAGGGCGAGAGAGCCAAUCGGGAGAAGAUGGAAGCGUCUUCGCUCUCGCAGAUAAGCCAGGCUACGGAAAAGCCAUCGAUUGCUUCGAGCCCGCCACGGGACGAUCACGGCUGGCAGGUGGUAGAGAAGCCGCAAAAACCUAAGCCUGGGAAGGAGAGGCAGCCGAAACAGCGCCCAAAGUUUCCCACCCACAUACAUGGCUCCAAACCGGCAGCUCCCGUGCUCAAGGUCUUCCCUGUUGAAGGGAGGAGCGCGUCAAGCAGUAGCAUGGAGAAAGGCCGCAGUAGUUCUUCCGUCUCUGCCACGGAAGCACUGACAUCAGUGCAGAGUGCCAGUCCUCGGCGAUCCGAGGAAGAUCUGCCUGCCGGUCAAGCAAACCGAACAUGGGCUGCCGUGGUCGCCAAAGCCAAGCGCGUCGCAGAGGCACGAGGGGCUCCUUCGUCAUCACCGAAACAGCGGCCCUCGUCGUCACCCGGGGAGACGAAUCGCCCGGGUUUGCCCGUGCCAAAGCCGUUGAACAGCAAAUCUUCGGGUGAAACGUUGGAAACCAGUAUCACAGAGCCACGCUUCCAGGAAGACCGAUUGAGCCGAUCCACGUACAGCGAGCCAGGUCCAGAAAAACUCACACAGCAACUGCACGCACUGGACUUGGGAAUUGCACCGGAUUCACGCUACCACUACCGUCAAUUGUCCACGUCAAUGACAGCGGCGCCGUUGAGGGACAUGUCGGCCAGUACGCCGUCGAUUUUGGCGUUCCCCCCACAGCCGCUCCCGUACGAGAAUGACAUCGAAAUCACGGUUUCACGACGCUUGAAUGCGAGCAACAUGCCGCCACCGCCGCCUGUUAGUCAAUCGGCCGCCACUUUCGGGCCAGUCGCUCCCUUCCAAGCCACACACCAUUCAAUCACACACCCAUCUGCUAUCAUGCCGGGUGCCUCACCACCGGUUUCGAUCGUCACUGAUGGAAUCGGAAACACUGGUUACACAUCCGACCCGCCUCCCACUUUGGAGCCAUUGUCCCGAGGGCCUUCGGGGCAGUCUUACCAGUCCUGGUCACCAGAACCAGAAGCAGAGCCCAUGCGCCUUCCACCGCGACUCGUCCCCUUGCCCUCCAACUCCGUGGUGUACAUGCCCCAACAACAGACGCUUUCUGGGGCUGGCGGCUGGAUAGGAGAUGUGCAGCAACCAGCAAGUCUGGGGAGUGUCGGCUCACCCGAAGACCUAGGGAUUCUGCACUUCGGGGCCCAUCGAGUCGAUGUGCGGGACGCUCGACAGAGACUCGAAGUGGGUGGGGGCUAUCAAGUCUCCGGCGCCGCGUGGCAAUUAUAUCACUCGAAUAGAUCGGGUCCUCUCAUCCGUCAGAGUCAGGAUGCGGUGGCUGGUGCAGCCACACAAGGAACAUACGUUCGACGACCACGAAGUGGCAGCUCCCCAAUGCUCCCUGAGUAA